AUGUCGCGAGAACAUCAUGAUGAUAGUCAGCCAGAGAAUAAUGAGCCUUCUCGUAUAAGCAACUCUGGGACGGACCAAGCACUGGAUCCCAGAAGAACUUCAAUAUCUUCUGUCAAAUCAGGAGAUUCUGGAGCAGGCUUGCGUAGUCCUGAGGGGCAACCAUCGAGCACCACUGCAAGAGUUUCACUUCCUAAUGCACCGAAUCCACACGCUCGAUCUCGCCCGUCUUCCUCGAACGGGAGCGCGAGAGGAAAUUCUCCGCCACCAAGAUUAACGCGGCGCAAAUCCUCAUUUAUAGUGUCAGGUGAAUCGUCGGAAGAUCCUGACGAAGAUACCGAUGAUUCUAAGAAGCGGAUCAGAAAAAAGAAACAUCGAUCUCAUAGGAGUCGCAAGCACAGCAUUACUCCUAGUGGAAGUAUGGUGGACAACGAGGGGGCGAGCCAUCGUUCGUCUCACCGUGAUGAAGAAAAUAAUGAUCAGGACGAUAUAGAGUUUAGUGGGAGUGAUCAUGAAUUUACACUCAAAGACAGGCAAGAGACGAUUAAUACAACACAUCCAUUUGGUCUUCCUCUGUGGAAACCUGCUUUGUACAAAAAAUCUCGCUCUGUGAUUCGUGACGCCAAUUCAGCGAUACAUUCGAUGCCAUCGCCAGAAUUGUAUUUGUAUCCAGGGAACAUACUUUGGGCGAUCAUAUUUGGAUGGUGGUUGGCCUUAGUUUCUUACAUCCUAUCGAUUUUUCUACUUUUAACACCAUCAGGAGGUUGGCAAUAUUCCCGGGUAUUACGAGAACUUAGUUAUUAUAUUUUUUGGCCUUUUGGCAGAUAUGUGGAAAGAAUGGAUGAAGAUUGGGAAGAGGAGGACGAAGAGCGGGGCGAUAUUUAUGCUGGGGAUAGCGAGUUUCAAAUUGACGAAGAUCAUCCGUUAUUGGGACGACGAACAAGUUAUGGAGAUUUUCUCAGAAUGAAAAGAAACAAUCAAAGUCUUCUCAUUUUUUUCACACUCUCCGUUCUUUCGGUGAUACCAAUUUCUUAUUUCAUUGGAAUGGCAGUAGCUUCUAUUUCUGCACAAUCUUCUAUUGGACUUGGUGCGGUGAUUAAUGCAACCUUUGGUAGUAUCGUAGAAAUUAUUUUGUAUGCAUUGGCGCUGAUGGAGGGUAGAGGAAAACUAACGGAAGGUAGCAUUAUUGGGAGUUUAAUGGCGGGCGUGUUGCUUAUGCCAGGCUUGAGUAUGAUAAGUGGCGGAAUGAAGCGCAAAGAACAGAAAUUUAAUGCAAAGAGCGCAGGUGUGACUUCGACUAUGCUUAUUAUGGCGAUUAUUGGAGCUUUUACUCCUACUUUAUUUUACGAAACUUAUGCGCCGUCAUACCUCAUUGGUCUGUGGUUCACCUUGCGUACCCAUGCUUCUCUGGUAUGGCAAACUCCUCAUCCUCACUCGGAGCAUGAGCUAAAUCGAAAUCACAGCAACUUUACUCCGAAAAAUAUUCUGCAACAAUUAUUACCUAAUUCUCAAAACGCGUUGCAUGCGACAUCCACAAACUCUGCAGAUCAACACCCGGUUACCCCUAUAAUCACAAUUCCGACGGCGGUAAACGAUAAUUUGACAAAUGACGAACAGAAUCUCCAUAUUACG